GUUGUCAGGUAGAAUACCUGAAUGGAUUGGAGGGAGCCUCUUAUCAUUAAGAGUUUUCUCCGUCUGCGAUCAAAUAUGUUGGAUGGUAAUAUUCCUAAGCAGUUGUCCCUCCUUUCUUCUCUUCAAGUGUUGGAUCUUGCUGACAACAAGCUUUCUGGAACUUUGCCACCAUCAUUUGGUAAUUUCAGAGCCAUGAUUAUGAUACCACAUGGGGGCAAACCUAUUCUUUCUAAAAAUAUGGCCUCCUAUUAUACUGAGAAUAUCCAGAUAACCACGAAAGGUUCAGAACUCACAUUCACUAGUGUGCUCUCAUUUGUGGCAAGUUUAGACCUCUCAGACAACAAUAUUUCUGGAGAGAUUCCUGAGGAGUUUACAAACCUUCAUGGGCUUCAUUCCUUAAACUUAUCGGGGAAUCAUUUGACAGGAAGAAUUCCGAUCAAUAUUGGUGCCAUGGGGCAGUUGGAGUCACUUGAUCUAUCGCUGAACCACCUAUCAAGCACAAUUCCUACAAGCAUCGCAGAUUUGAAUUUUUUGGGGCACCUGAACUUGUCCCACAACAAUCUAUCAGGAAGGAUUCCAUCUGGCAACCAACUCCAAACCUUGAAUGAUCCAUCUAUCUACAUUGGCAAUCAUUAUCUUUGUGGACAGCCUCUGCUAGAAAAAUGCCCCAGCGAUGAACCUGUAGAAGGUCCAGCAGAAGAAAAACAGAAUGAAAAUGGUUCAGAAAUCAUAUGGCUUUAUGUUGGCUUAAGUCCGGGAUUUGUGGUUGGCUUCUGGGGAUUUCUUGGCAUAGUGAUGCUCAAAAAGAGCACAAGGUAUGCUUAUAUCCGAUUCAUUGACAGGAUAUGUGAUUGGAUUUAUAUGGAUGUAAUAAUAAAUUCUGCUAGGCCAAAGUCCAAGAGAAAUCGAGGACGCAGAGGAUGCAGGUAAGCAAUUGCAAAAUUGUAAUGCUUCCCCACUGUGUAUGGUUCAGGUUGAUUUGAUGUUUCUGCCAUGCAUCAUGCAUGAAAAAUUAGUAGAAAUAUGGACUAUUAGAAUAAAUAGAAAUGCUUGGAAACCAUUUAAAUGGUUUAGUUGUUAAGGACUUAAAAGCUGUAAUUGAGUGAAUUGCUUAAGCAAAAUACUCCUAGAAGCCUCUCUACAU